GGGCAGCUGCACGGGGAUUGGUAACAUCAAGACACCUCGCAGCCAUCGACGGCAGAACGACGUAAGACCGCAGCCCCGUGACCACGUAUCUGCGCGUCGGCCCAGCGCGCCCUGCCAUUGACUUUCUAGUUGCUUAUAAAUGCAACGCGUGCCCUCACCUUUAUUAUCUGGUGAUUCAAUGAUACUGAGCGUUUCAAUCAGCGCUUCUACAGUAACCUCAAUCUGAGAAACUUCGGCAACAGUGAACGACGCCAAUGGCUCAGACCAAUCGACCAGACAGCAUCUCAGGCGGCUGCCUCUGCGGCGCGAUACGCUUCACAGUAAACUUCCCCAACGAAUCCGACUGGCCACCCAAAGGCGUAUGUUCUUCCCCUUCUCGUUGCCGCAUCUCCACUGCUAACUCCGCAAUAUACGAGAAGAACGGCGUCUGCCAAUGCACCAUGUGCCGUAAACACGGCGGCUCGCUCCUCCCGCAAAACUGCUCCUUCCCACUCUCCCACAUCUCCCCACCACUCUCCUCAAACCCCACCUACAAAACCUACGCGUCCGGCCCGCACACCGAGCGCGGCUUCUGCAGCACUUGCGGCAGCGCGCUAACCUUCAACGACAAGCGUGACGAUGCCCUCGAGAUCAACCUCGGCGCCUUCGACGAGGAUGUGCUGUGCGGGAAGCGCGAUGAGGCAAAUGCCUGGGAGGACGAGUAUGGAAGGCAUGUGCCUAGGACUGGGGGCUGGGGGCAUGAGCUGGCAUUCCCGCAGUAUCAUAUUUUCGCGGAGAAUGAGGUACCCGGGGUUACGGAUGGGUUUGAGGGCGUGAAGUAUUUGAUGGAUAGGAAGGAUGCGAAGGGGUUUAAGGGGAAGGCGAGGGAGUUGAGGAGGGCGUGAGGGACGAGGAGUCAGACCAGGUGUGGGUCGAUUUGAGGGGCGUUUGGCGUGCUUUAGGGUGAGGAGACUGAUGCGCACUUCCUGCGGUCGAAACUCGGGAGGACCGUACAGCUCGAAAGAUGACUCUUAUUGCGAGAAAA